CGUCGAUGGCGCCGCCAACUGGCUUGUACAACGCUGGAACGCCUGAUUGCUGAAAUAGAAACAACGUGCGUUCCCUAUUUGACAUUUGACCUGCGUCCGUUGCUAUGCUGACCUGUGAGAUUUGUGGAGAGGAGCUCCUGUUGGAGGAAGAUUUAAAGACUCACCUUCUCCUUAGUCAUGAGGAGAAUGACAUGGACUGCCCACUGUGUUCUUUGUCAGGGGUGUCCUAUGAUGAACUCUGCCACCACAUCAACUUUGCUCAUCCAGAGAAACCACAGAGAUUACCGGAAGAGACAUUCACACCCACAUCUGCAAGAACCAGCUCCGUGUCCAGAGACAAACCCUCAACCUCUCAGUUCAACUGCGACCCUUGCGGAGUCCAAGCGGAGCAAGUUCAACCACGAGAGAGAGCGUCAGUGGCUGACUCAUCCGUGGCAACUAGUGUUCCCUGGACUCAAACAGAAAGUUCUAAUCAUUUCAUGAAAGCUAGACACAGAAGUCCCAAGCAGAGACGGUUGUCCCUUCCUGGUGAUGGUGGCGAGAGCUUGACGUGCCCCAUAUGUGCCUCUGUUUGCAGCAACAGCUCCCUUCUGCAGGAACAUGUGGAGCUUCAUUUAGAAAGUGAAGACUUGUGUCCAAAUUCAGACUUAAAACUGGCCAGGAAGCUUCAACAGGAAGAGAAUCUUCGCCAUCGUGAGGACGAGGACCAGAAGGAGAAAGAGGAGUUCAAAAAGCUUCAGAAGCAGUUUGGUCUGGACGGCAGCGGGAGCUACCGGAAGCAAAUGGAGAGGACCAUGGAGCGUGAUGUAGCCAGAGGCCUCAUGGACCCCGCAGAGUAUCACUGUAGGAGGGCAGAGAUGCUGGAGAGCCUUGUGUCAGGCCUAGAUGAUGGCAAGACCAAAACUCAAGGAGUGAUAAGAUGUCUGCAUGACUACUACCGGACUGAGGGCAGAGACUGCGUGCAUGUGUGGCUAAGUGCAGACACAGACCACUACUGCUCAUCUGCAGGUGAUAAAGGCUGGGGCUGCGGCUACAGGAACUUCCAGAUGCUGCUUUCCUCGCUGUCUAGAAUAGACGCAUAUGUGGCUGUUGCUCAAGGUGGGUCGGUGCCAAGUAUCCCCCGGUUGCAGAGUAUGAUGGAGGAGGCAUGGAAAGAGGGUUUGGAUCCACAAGGUGCUUCACAUUUCAACCACCGCUUGCAGGGCACAAGAGCCUGGAUUGGGGCCACAGAGGUCUACGUUCUUCUGACAUCAUUGGGUAUAAGGGCUCGCAUUGUUGACUUCCACCAGCCCACGGGCCCAGGUGGGACACAUCCUCGACUGUUUGACUGGGUCAAGCAGUACUACUGUCAGACCACCAAGGGUAGUAACAGGCUUCCAUCAAGAAUCAAUUGCACCUCCCUGCCUCCUCUCUACCUCCAGCACCAAGGACAUAGUCGAUCCAUUGUCGGUUUGGAGCAGAGGAAGAACGGAAGCCUGUGUCUUCUGCUGUUUGACCCAGGUGCCUCUACAGCCGACACUCGGAAGUUGAUGAACGUCAGCACCGUCUCAACUGCUGUCCGCAAUCUCCGGAAGCUCCCCGGAAGCAUGAAGCAGAAACAGUACCAGGUGGUGUCUGUGGAGGGUGUUUUAACUGCUGAAGACAAACAGGUCAGUGACACGUCUCAGAAUCACAUUGGCUUACGUGACUCAUUACGUAAUUAGACCUGACGUUAGAUAAAAAGCUUGUUCGUGUUUCCCGCGUUGGUCCUAGGUGUCGCUGGCACAAAACUGUCCUGUCACGUUUGUUUUUAGUGUAAAAUCACAAAUUAAUUUGACUCGGUGGCAAGUGUCUGAUCAGUGCAAACAAAACAUUCUUCAGCAAAAUAUCAGACAAUUUUCGCCAAAGAAGAGAUUUAUGGCAGCAUAGAACCAAAGGUAAACAACAACAACUCUGUUGAAUGAAUAGCCCUCUUGCAACAUAAAAGGCAGCUUUCAAUAAACAUGACACACAUCAGACUACAUUGUGUGAUUGUAAAUUGAACCUCAUUGUUCAAGGGUCACCAACAUUAUGUCAGACAGGUGUGAAGCUUGGUCGUCAUAACUGGGUCAAACUCCGCCCCCAUCUUGUGAUGCAAGCACAGGUACCGACUCUGUGAACAAGCACACCUGAGCGCACAGAAGUGGAGGAGUAAUAGCUGGGAAAAUUUGAGCCAUUGGUUCUAGAGAAAGAAGUGCAAGUUAAUGUAAAUGAUGGGCUUCUUUUCAUUCGAACCAGGUUGUUGUGGAAGACUGACCCAUGGUUGGAUGUUGGAUAAAGUGCAACUUUAAGUUUCCUCUUUCCACCAAAGUCCUUCAACACCAUUACUUCUAUAGUUGUAUUGAUAAGCUGAGGUGAUCCGGGAGGUCUUGUUGAAUGUACCACACCCUGACCAGAGCAUGUUUUGAAUUUUUAAUCUUGACUGGUCCAGUUUGGCAGUUUUUCCUGUUCCUGAUCCUGUUUGCUUCUUUCUGCUUCAACAUUCCUCUUAAAUGUGUUGAUGGACUUCUACUGUAGAUCUGAUGCACAUAUUUGAGACAGUGAGAGGUUCACCUCUCCCGUCAACUUUUUUGUCCAAAGAACUGCACUGCUGACAAGGCAAGAACUUUGUUUGUUCUUUGUUCACUUUACUUAGAAUUGUGGAACCUGAUGAAGGCCAGUGUCACAUGGCAUACUCGUGAACCAAAGUCUUUGGUGAAAAUGCUAUCUUAAAUUUAGAUUCAGGCUGAGAGUGCACACCCUGAAAGGUUUCUCUGAUUCACUUUAGGUUGUCACUCAGUUUCAUAAGCUGCAGCACACUCAUCGCUGCGAAUAAGAAAUGUGUUUAAUGACUGUAGAAAAAAUGUU